UCAUCAUGCUUCGACCAGGCAGUCAUGAUCAGCGUGCCAGCGAUAGAGCUGGAUAUAAGGGUGCACUACACUCCUCCAGCCACGGGCAACAGCGAAACAAGUACAGUCACGAUCCUCCACCCGGGUGCGGCGUACUCUGGCUUACCCUUUGCUCUCGCAGCGCAGAAGAUCACACGCCUGACGGAGGGAGACCCGAGCGUGUUGUCUCUUGACCCAAGACGUCGCGGUGAGUUUUCAGACCGAACGUGCAUCAACGGUUUUGUCUCUAAUACCUAG